AUGUGGCUUAAAUGUACUAUUGAUAUGUUACAAUAUGACUUAUCUAAACUAGCAAAAGAAAGAAAUGAGAUUAAUAGGGCAGAUUAUAUUUUACAAAUUUUUCAAUAUACUCUAAGGCAAUUAGUAUUUAGUGAUAAAUCUACAUAUGAUAGGAAAUCAUUAUUAAGAAGAUAUAGAUGA